AGAUUCCAUGAUAAGUGCUUGGAAUUAAAUGCUAGUGGGUCCACGCUGGAGAUGAUCAAAGUGGCCAGUGUCUCAGCUUUGCCGGCCCGCCAAGAAGGGCGCAUCACAUCAAAGGCUACCUAGAUAGGUAGACAUUCGCAUCCUGCAACUGACUCUGGAUAUUGACAAAACAGUUGUUGCAGUAUUAGUCGUCAGCUACGGAUCUUAUCUCCCUUCUUCUUUAUCCAUACCAAUCGCAACCACAGGUGUCUCCAACCUCAUGCCAGACCUUUGUGGACGAGCCGAGCCUUGCGAUGCCAAUUCCCCCACCAAAGUCGGGCUUGUCCGUUUGAAAAAUGGCGGACCAGGAUAUCACUUCGGCUGUCGAGACCGAACAGCAAUUCUGGGAUGAGCUGGACGAGACCGUCUCAACGCCAUGCAGCACCCACGAGCUGAUCGACGAUGCGCUCCGCGCCUGGCUGCAGCUGGUCGCGGGCUGCAGAGACCAGUACCUCCACUGCGAAGACGACAUUGCGGGCUGUUCUCAAAGACUGCUGGACAGCCGUAUAUUUCUCCAGAACACCGAGUACGUUCGCACGCAGAUCAUCUACAGCCUGCUGCAGGAGGACGAGUACGCCCCCCUCCAUAUCAUUGCCAACUUCCUCCUCCUCGACGGCCGCUCCGAUGAGGCCAUAUUCCGCCGCAUGAUAGACGCCGGCUGUUUCCCCCGGUUGCUGGAUCUUGUCAAGGACUGUCGAGAUGAAGACCGUCGCCUCCAUCGCCUGUUGCUCGAGCUGAUGUACGAAAUGUCUCGAAUCGAGCAUUUGCGCCCCGAGGACUUGAUACAGGUCGACGACAACUUUGUCAUCUAUCUAUUCCAGCUUAUCGAGUCCUUGUCCGACGAUGUGAACGACCCAUAUCACUACCCCGUCAUCCGAGUUUUGCUAGUGUUGAAUGAGCAGUAUAUGGUCGCCUCGACUACGGCAGCCGUAGAUCCCGGUUCGCCGAUGGCACCCCUGACGAACCGUAUCAUCAAGAUGCUAGGCCUUCAUGGGCCAAUAUUUAGGACUUUUGGGGAGAACAUCAUCCUUCUCCUGAAUCGAGAGGUGGAGACGUCCCUGCAACUGCUAAUCCUCAAGCUCCUUUACCUGCUGUUCACUACGAAGUCGACGUAUGAGUAUUUCUACACCAACGACUUGCGAGUCCUCCUCGACGUGAUAAUCCGCAACCUCCUCGAUCUGCCCAACGAGCUGAGCUCGCUCAGGCACACGUAUCUACGGGUCAUGUCGCCCCUCCUGUCCCAUACGCAGCUGAGCCAACCGCCACACUACAAGCGGGAGGAAAUCUUGAAAGUCCUCGGAAUCCUCGGCGGGUCUGGAAGCGCACAUUUCGCGCCAGCCGAUGAGACGACACUACGCCUGGUUGAUCGGGUCACCAAGGUCCCGUGGCUUGCCGAGAACGCCGGCUCCGGGGAGGACGAGAUCGCGAACAAGUUCCUAGGGAUCAGCCUCUCGCAUGCACAGGCCGCCAGCAACGUCAGUGUCGUGGAUGUGGCCGCCGUGACCGAGAAGCCCGGAGUGAAGACUCCCAGCCGAAGAAUCGAGUUCCCGCGGGAAGUCAAGGAGCUUGUGAGCACUGCCCAUGAGACGGCGAAUAGGGCCGAGAAACAGGCGAGACCCAAGAAGGCCCUGCCUGCGGUACCAAAGCACCGCCAUGGCGCCCCAAUGGUUCAGCAGACGGCGACGAUACACGUCAACAGCAAUGGGCCGAAGAAGCUGCCACCCAAGGCACCACCCCCGCGGCGGAGAGCGAAGGUCAAGGCGGUGGCAUCGAGCACGGAGAGCGUGGCGGUGCCCGAGGCGCUGCAUCCGGUUUCAUAGGUUGAAAUCAGCCAACACCUACUGGGAAGGGGUCGGCCCAGGAUCUGAAUUGCUGGGUCAGUGAAUGCCCCUUGUUUCCUACAGGUGCAUGCACCUCGGUGACGGGGAUUGCAAUAUCUUUUUAUAUGUCUUUUCACACAAGGAAGCUGGAGUUGGGACGGGCCACCACGCGCAUAGCACGGCGUUGAAGGUUUCACUGUAUUGUUGGCGAAUCCGGCGUCGGUCUAUUUUGAAGCGCGCUUGCACUUUGCUUUGUCUGUGUGGCGCCUGAUUCUUCAAACGUGGGGGACGGUAAUGUGCAUAUGUAGGUACAGAGAAUGAUGAUCUCGCUUUCGCUUCGCAUCCAAUCUUUCCACUGCAGUUUGUAGCUUGUUAGAGGGGUGGUCAUGUCAUCAGCCUAGUCGAGCUUUCGCUCAAGACGACGGGUCGGCAGAGGCAUCUACGUCAAUGUGCCGCGAAACUUGAUGUGGGAUUUAAGAUGGAGUCGUAGCGUAUACUUA